AUUGGAGAAAAAAAAAAGGUUCUUGAAGCAGUGAAAAGUGGAAGGAAGAAGAAGGACAUUGCUGAAGAAUUUGGAAUACCAGCCAGUACACUAUCAACCAUAAUAAAAAAUAGUAAGGAAAUCGAUUUAAACUUUCCAAUAGACCGGAAGAGGAAGAGAGGUCCUGAUUUUUCAGACGUAGAAGAAUGUGUAUUUAAGUGGUUCAAGCAAUGCAGAGAUGCCAAUGUCAGUACCGGAGGUCCUAUUUUAAAGGAAAAAGCAGAAAAUUUCGCAAAAUCAUUAAGCCACGAACAAUUUAAGGCCAGUAACGGGUGGCUUGAAAAUUUUAAAAAACGACACGAUAUUUCUUUUCGGAAAGUCUGUGGUGAAAGUGCAGGUGUCAGUGAUAAUGUUGUAAAUGAAUGGAAAAUAAAUUUGAGUGAGCUGCUGGAAGGAUAUAAACCAUGUGAUAUAUUUAAUGCAGAUGAAACUGCACUUUUUUACAAAUGUAUGCCAGAUAAAACUUUAACAUUCAAAAAUGAGAAAUGCAGUGGUGGUAAACAUAGCAAAGAACGACUUACACUAUUAUUGGCUGUUAACAUGACUGGUACAGAUAAAUUGAAACCUUUAAUAAUUGGAAAAUCGAAAAACCCGAGGUGUUUUGCUGGUGUCAAAUCUUUUCCUGUUAACUACACAGCAAAUAAGAAAGCAUGGAUGACUAGUGAAUUGUUUGCUGAAUGGCUAUUACGAAUAGACAAACAGAUGAAAAUACAAAAACUUAAAAUUUUAUUGUUUAUAGACAAUUGCCCGGCUCACAAUAUUAUACCGAAUUAUCAAGCUAUAAAAGUAAAAUUUUUACCGCCAAAUACCACAUCAAAGUCGCAACCUUUGGACCAAGGAAUUAUUAAAACGUUCAAGACGCUUUAUAGAAAAGAAAUAGUGAGGAAAAUUAUAAGUGAUAUGGAUGACGAAAAAUCUACAGUAAUCGAUAUUCUUCAAGCUAUGCGCAUUGUUCAUAAGACAUGGAGAAACAUAGCAACGUCAACAAUCGUGAACUGCUUUAGAACGUGUGGAUUUGUACUUGAAUCUGAGAAAGACGACACAUUGAUGCCUAUAAUCGAAAAUACUGAUACGGAUGACAGAGAAUGGGCGAUGAUAGCAAAUCGUUAUAGAAUCGUGGAAGAAACGUUUGACGAUUUUGUUAAAUCGACCAUGACGUUGCCGUUUCUGGUAUUCUGACAGACGACGAUAUAACUGACUCCGUCCGUGGCACUGAAGAUGUUGAUGAUAUCGAAGAAGCAUCAUCUGAGCCUGUGCAUCGUGUUUCAAUGAAGCAAGCAACAGCAGCCCUCAUAUUGCUAAGGACAUUCACCGAACAAUUGAGUAAUGUGGACGAUAAAGUGUACUCUGCUUUAAAUGUAAUAGAAAAUACAAUUGAUAAUAGUAAAUCUCAAAAUUUAAGUCAAAG